AGUUUCCUCUUUUGAGGAAUUUGAAUUGCUUAUAAAUACCCUCUUUGAGUCUGAGAGCACACGAGACCAUCUCCAGCUCCUUGGGGUUUGCUGUUCUGAAGUGCUGCCUGUCAGGCUUGGCCAGGAACCAUGAGGCUCUGGGUCUGCAUCGCAUUGCUCUCCGUUGUUCUGUGUGUGAGUGCUGACAGACCAAGGAUAUUCCAAGGAAUGGUCCGGGCUGGACAGUUUGUCCGGGAUGCAGCAGGAGGGGCACGGGAUAUGUACAGAGCAUACAAGGACAUGCGUGAGGCAAAUUACAAAGGCGCUGACAAGUAUUUCCACGCCCGUGGGAAUUAUGAUGCUGCCCGGAGAGGACCUGGUGGUGCUUGGGCAGCCAAAGUGAUCAGCGACAUCCGGGAGGGCUGGCAGAGCAGCGUGAGCGGCAGAGGCGCCGAGGACACCCGGCAGGACCAGGAGGCGAACGAGUGGGGCCGGAGGGGCGGGGACCCGAACCGCUACCGGCCCAAGGGGCUGCCCAGCAAGUACUAGCGCUGUACUCCGCUCCUGUCACACCUCCCUUUGUACAGCACAAUAAAGGAAUUCUCCUGAGAA